UGCAUGGAGAGCUGGGAGACAAAACAAAAGCCACACAUUUCAACCAACAGGCGCUGGUCGCUGUAAUUCUUUUUGUACACCAAAACAAAUUUGAUUCAUUUUUCGUAUCGAUUUCCCGUUUUAACGCCAACAUUGAACAACUUUUGCAUCAUGCCGAGCAGCACGUCUUUGCUGGAGGCCGACGAGGGAGAGUCUGAGGUCCCGCCGCCGCUUGUGCACGCUUUCGCCGGUAUGGGCCUCGAGGAGCACCACGGCACCAAGAGCCAGACCCCCGAACAAGUAGACGAGACCCUCCUCUACCACCACCACCACCACCUCCACCAGCAGCUGCCCCCGGCCUCCCACUUCAACCUCCUCGGUACGGUGCUGGACCUGAAGCCUCUGCAUCGGCCGCCCUCGGGAGAUGAAGUGAACAACAUGCCGACCGAGGACGUGGAGCCUGAAGUUGUAGCCUCCGCCGUCGACUCCUCCUCGCUCCUAGCGCAGGCCCACCGCCUCCAACACCUCCACCCGGGGCCGUGCACCUCCAUGAUGGAGCCGCCGCACAUGGAGACGGUCCUGCUGUACAACGGGGACGAGCUGGACGACGCCGGGGCCGGUAGCAUGGCGAUGCUCCCGCCCGGUGUGUACGGGGAGCCGGGCUACGAGGCCGAGUCGGCGCUGUUGGCCCGGCGGAAGAGCGUCAACACCACCGAGUGUGUGGCGGUGCCGAGCUCCGAGCACGUCGCAGAGAUCGUGGGCCGACAGGGCUGUAAGAUAAAGGCGCUUCGGGCCAAGACCAACACCUACAUUAAGACACCAGUGAGGGGAGAGCAGCCUCUCUUUGUUGUGACGGGGCGCAAGGAAGAUGUAGCCAUGGCCAAGAGGGAGAUCCUGUCUGCAGCCGAGCACUUCUCCCUCAUUAGAGCCUCUCGAAAUAAGGCGGGCCCUCUGGCUGCUGCGACCAGCCCAGGGGCCCCCUCUCUACCUGGACAGACAACCAUUCAGGUGCGGGUACCAUAUCGUGUCGUAGGGCUGGUCGUGGGUCCCAAAGGAGCCACCAUCAAACGUAUUCAGCAACAGACCCACACCUACAUCGUGACGCCAAGUCGUGACAAAGAGCCAGUGUUCGAGGUCACCGGGAUGCCGGAGAACGUGGACCGGGCGAGGGAUGAGAUAGAGGCUCACAUCGCCCUCCGCACGGGGACCUGCGGAGGCAUCGAGGCUCCUGGUGUAGACAACAAUGACUUUCAAUUCAACGGGACAGACGUCGGCUUUGAAAAUUCUGCAGCACAGGCUGGGCUGGCGGACGCCGGGUGGCUUCAUGCAGGUGCAUCAUCCCCCAGUGGUGGUGGCGUGCUGCCAGUGAGCAUCAACGGUACUCAGCGAAUAAAUAGCAAUAUUAACAGUGGUGUCAGGAUGUCUUCCACCUACCGCAACGACAGCUCCAGUUCCCUGGGCAGCGGCUCCAGCUCAGCUGAUUCUGUCUAUGGCAGCGGUAAUGGUAACCGGGUUGCAGAUUUAAGCCCAACCUGCCAGUUUAAUGCCAAUGCUAACAACAACAACAACAGUAAUGGCUCCAGUACAAGUUUCUGGUUUGGCGAUAGCCUUCUCCCUGUGGGGUCUGAUGAGCUGGUCACCCUGGGAGGUGGAGGCUCGUCCUCAGGAUUUGACCCGCUAACCAUCUCCACUGCCCAAGCCUCGCACCCUGCUGCGCAGCCACAAAUCUGGAGCCCCUAUGUGGACCACCAGCCCCCCCAGACCUUUGAUCCACGUCAAUCUCAGACCAGUCAGCCUGGGACCCCCCGGCUCUCUCCAACUUUCUCUGGGACAGAAUCUUUGGAGCACCCUCAGGCCCAGCGAGUUAACCGAGGGCCUUUUGGCUCGGCUGGGACCCUCGACGCCCACAGGUUCCCCUCUUACAGCUCGGCCUUCUCCUCUUCCAGUGAAAGCACCGCCUCCUCCUCCUCCCCUCCUGAAUCCUCUCUCCUCUAUCGACCAGGGCUCGGAUCAGCAGGCAGAGGGCAGGAGAUAUGCAUCCACUGUAUGGAUAACCAGGUGAUCGCUGCCUUGGUUCCCUGCGGCCAUAACCUCUUCUGUCUAGAUUGUGCCACCCAUAUAUGCCAGGGUCCAGAUGCUCUCUGCCCUGUGUGCCUGUCCCCGGUCACACAGGCCAUUCAGCUCCGCAACAUGUGAUUUUUAAUCCAUUUACUUUGAUGGCUGAUUGGGGUUCAGCCUCCCCGACACUUCCAAUUCACAACAUCUGUGGGGAAAUUACAAAACUGACCCUGAAUCAGUGUCUAAGUGUGUCACCUCCCCCUUGUUUUGUCCAAGCUGGUGUUUGGCUGACAAAGGUGAGGAAUAAUAGGUGAAUUAGGAAUGAUCUGUAUUUAGGGCAUGGGUUCGGGGUGUCAGCCCGUUCAUGUGCCUGCUUAUGUGAAGUCUUCUUCCAUUACUGAUUGAUUGAUCAAUGGGAGGGUUGGAAAAAACCCUCUGUGUAGCAUUGGGUGGGGCGGGAUAUGUAUAUUUAUAUAUAUAUAUAUAUUUUGCUCAUCAUAUUUUUUGAUUUACAUUUUCUUCUCCCUGAAGCAUCUAUCUAUCAGUUUCUGACUACCUAUUUUUUAUCAAAAAUUUUAAAUGUACUUUGAAUUCCACUAGAUACAUAAUGCUUGAUUUUGGGGAAAAAGUUAUUUUAGAUCUACAUCUCAAACGUUUUGUUCAUUAGAAGAAAAAUGCUGCUACAGUUGUUUUUAAGUGCUGAAAAACGGCCCAGCCCAUUUGCCUCUCAAUUAUUGUGCUUACAGGAAACUUUAAGGAAAAAAGAACCAAGGAGCAUGUUUACAAAUAGUGAGUCCCUAAUACGAAUACUAAGCGUACUCUCCUGGUUAACUACGGUUUUAAAUGCCUAACACAGUAAACUGGAUAUAAUCAACAUAUGCUGCUUUAUUCUGGCAGAUGUUACUCUAUCCCACAUAACAUGGGUAAAUAUCACCGGGCUAUUAUCAGUAUCUGUGCUACAAUGUUUACCUGCUCCGGAUCAUAAAUCAGAAUCUCUGUGUAUCUCUGAUAUUAACAGCAUGUUGAUUCACCCACAGAGGGGUUUUUAAACCAAGUGGGUCAAACCUGAAACUGCACAGCUGUCACACUCCAAUGGCAACCUCUUGUUGCAUCCCGUUUCUAUUUUUACAGACCAGAACCAAACAAUUGGAUAAACGCUUUUUGUAGAGUACCGUCAUAGGAUGUUACGCCACUUCAGUAUUGCCAUGUUGCUUUCCAUUUCUACUUUAACAAAUUGUUUACGGUAAACGUGUGCCUAAUUCCGUUCUGACUAAACAAAAAAUAACAACUACUUCAGCGCGCGCGCAGUGUUGCUCUGUCUUAAAACAAACUUGUGGCCUUUUUGGAAAGCCUGUAAUUAACUGACAACACUAUCUACAAAUCCAGAUCUUUGCUCGAAAGAACACAAGCUAACAGACUGAGGUCUUAAUGUAUCGGCGAAGUUCGAUCUCUUAAAUGCAUCUUGGUUGAACAAAAGUUAUUUAACAGGGAUGUUUUCUGUUGCUUCCUAUUUUUGUUGAGCCUUUCUUAAUUAUUGACCACCUAUUGCUUUAUUUUUUUUUCAGCACAAAACACUCCCAUUUAGUUUAUUUUUCUCUCCAUAGUCCCCCCCCCCCCCUUUUUUUUUUUUUUUUUUUUUG